ACUGUUUGUUUUCACCGGAAGUUUGGUCGGUCGGCAUAUUAUCAGCAUAAUAACAGGAAAACAUGGAGAUGAUAUGGAGCGAGAAAUUUUGGUUUCCCGAGGGCGUGACUUGGGAAGAUCUUAAGAAUGUGGACCCCAAGGUGUACUUUCCACAGAUUGAAGAUAUCGGAUUUUUAUCCAUAUUCGUCGGUCUCCUCCUGCUAAUCGCACGGUUUCUGACGGAGAGGCUGAUUGUGAUACCAUUGGCUAAAUGCCUGGGAGUUAAAGUUAGAAAACAUCUGCAUCUCGCAAAAGUCCCCGAGUUAGAACAACUUUACAGGUCAAAGAAAACUGACGCUAAAUCCAUCAAGGAGGUAGUGAAAAAGACAGAUUUAUCUGAAAGACAGGUUGACCGAUGGCUUCGAAGGCGGGGCAAAUUGGAUACUCCAAGUACCAUGCAGAAAUUCACAGAGUGCAGCUACCAUUUCCUGUUCUACUGUGCAAUGUUUUUCUAUGGGCUGUACGCACUGUGGGAUAAAUCUUGGUUUUGGGAGACUAAAUACUGCUGGAUUGACUGGCCAAAACAGAGUGUGUCCUCGGACGUGUAUUGGUACUACAUGAUAGAGCUCGGUUUCUAUUGGAGUCUGACUUUCACCUUGUUGAUUGACCACAAACGCAAGGAUUUUAAGGAGAUGGUUGUUCAUCAUCUUGUGACUAUUGCCUUGAUGUACUUUUCCUGGAUCAGUAAUUUUGUCAGGGUGGGGUCCUUGGUGCUGCUAGUACAUGAUGCAGUGGACUAUUGGAUGGCUGCUGCUAAGAUGGCUAAGUACUGUAAACAGCAGAUGCUCUGUGAGAUGUUCUUUGUGGUGUUUGUCGUUGUCUGGAUCAUUACCAGACUCAUCAUCUACCCAUUCAGAGUGAUCUACACGGCCAGUAUUGAGUAUGGCGACUAUCUGAACUACUCCCCCGCAUUUUACAUGUUCAACAUUCUCCUGAUCGUGCUCCAAAUCCUACACAUUCUGUGGACAUUCAUGAUCUUCAGAAUCAUCCUGCAGAAGUUCACCGAAGGAGAGCUGAAGAAGGACAGUCGUAGUGAGUCGGAGUCAUGUACAGAUGAUGACGAUACAACAGCCUCAGAAGACGCUCGAGACUCGCCACAGAAACAUCGCAUGGUGACACGACAACGAGCCAAUUGUAUGAACGGGACCACCUAGCAGAUUCAGGACUGCGUGAGAUCCACAUUUCCCUACCAAAUAUAGGACAUCAAAACAGCUGUUGCAAAUCUUUUAAGGGCAUAUUGUCUUCUUUUGUAUGCCAACAUAAUCAGAGAUUCAGGGGCAUUUAGUUUUUUGGUCUUUGCCUGUCCGUUAAGUUGGUAUGAACUUUAACCUUGGCCAUAACAUUUGAGGGUAUGGAGAUAGAUAGUGCUUUCAUGUAUCACAUGACUUGUAUAUUUUCUUGUGACAAGACCUUAUUUUGGGUACCAGAAUUACUUUGCUGCUAUUUACAAGGGCAUCAGUGUUUCACAAACACAUUUUGUUUUGGGUUUGUUUCGUUUUUUCUUGCAUUCUGCAUGUGUAUUUCAAUCAUCAUAUUGUUAAGGAGAUGCACUGGUCUUACAGUUUAAUUUAUGCUUUUUUACCAAGCAAUAUAUACAUGCCUAUGUUUUGCAAAUGAUUUUGUAAAUUUUGAUACAUUAAGUUUGAAAUGUAUCUUGAAUUGCUGUAUGUAGUGGCUUUUGGAAAAGACAUAUCACUGUUUUAGAGAAGAAAUGUAAAUGAUGUGAGAGAAGACUAAAAACAAAGAAAUGUAAAUAAUCCUAAGAAACGAUUAAAAACAAAGAAAUAUAGAUAAUGUGAGAGAUGAAAACAAAGAAUGAUAGAGGCAUGUCUGCAUUGCAUUGGAUCACAAUUAGAAUUAAUUUCUUUAUUUUAUUUAAUUAAUCUAAUUCAUUUGUACUGCGGGUGGGAUAUUAUUUGACACACUUUGCAGUUCUAGUUCUCUUUAUUGUAGACAGUAUAUAUGCUGUUUUGUAUGAUCAAUACAAUACAGCAUUCACAACUACCGGUAUUGAAUGGUAUGCAGACUCAGGUAUUAGAUGUACAAUAUUAAUAGAAUCCUUCAUUAGUACGAGUGUGGGAUAGAGAAAUUCCAAAGAGGGGACAAGAUUCGCAGUCUAGGACGAGGCUUUGCCGAGUGCUAGACAGCGAAGCUUGUUCCAGAGGUGGAAUUUCCCUAUCCCACACGAGUAGAUAAUGAAGGAUUAUUUUUCUCACAUUUUACCUACAGUUUAGUACAUAAAUUUAGGAGCUUUAAGAAAAUUCUAAAUUAUCGAAAUCCUCAAUUGAACUUUGAUGCAAAAACUAAUUAGAUAGGCAGAAAGAGCAUACCCGAAAAUGGUUUACACUAUAAGUGUAAACUAAAACAAAACCCAAGGUUGUCCUAUACUACAUUAAAAUGUAAAGAAAACAAUGCAAAAUAUUUUUACUUCCCCGUGUAACGUAAAUCUUCACCGUGUAAUGUAAAUCAUGAAAUAUAUAUGACAUCACAAUCAAAUGAUGUUGCAGCAGUGUGAGACAGAAAAAUCUCACAUGGCUGUCUCACAUGGGUAAAGUUGAUUUCACACUGGUGAUAAUGUGAGACACGUACAUCUAUUCAACAUAAUAUAUUUUGGUUCGGUUAUUGACUUUGGAAAUUUGAUUACUCCUACAAGAACCAAAGCCUCAGUUAAAGUUCCUAUGUUCCUGGUAAUAAUAAAAAAAUACAUAAGAUGUAAUGAAAAUAUAAGAAAAACUGUAAUAUAGAAAUGAUGAUAACAGAAUAUGAGAGUCGGUGUUUAACCUCAAGCUGGCUGGAGUAGAAAUAUGAGGAUCAGUGCUUUAAAGUUAAGAUUAUAUAUCUACUGUUACUAAAUAUAGCACUAUGCUGGUAGCACAAAUUUUAUGCUUAUUUGACACAGCCCCGCAUGAUCUAUGAUUGAUCAGAAUUCUCAAAUAUUUACUCAUACAGAAGUUCACCAUUAAGUUACUCUUCAUUAUCUCAAUUUAGAAUACUGUAAACCAACUCUCAUUUCCAGCAGCUUCUGUAUUUCGUGAUUCACCUGUGUUAAACUGGUUCUCAGCGAGUAAUUUUCGCGAUCAAGCCUUUUUCGAGCUUAUGACAGACAUUCAAGGACACAACGAGAAUUAUUUGUGACAAUGAGAUUCUCGCGAAUCUCGCAAAAUUUUCUCGUACACGAAUAAAAGUUGGUUUGUAGUACAUGUUUUCUAACCGGAACCCAUAAAGAGAGGAUAAGGGGUAUUUCCUUCAUAAACAUGUGACAUGUGGGCAGUUCAGUUUUGAAUAAAGCAAUGAUACUUGUUGCAAACAGGUUUUAGACACUAAGAAAUUUACAUAACAAAUUUUUAGCAAACAAUUUAAUGCGGAAGACCGAAUGAUAAAUUUCUUGUGGUGCGUGCUAAGCACAAUGACACUAGGGUUUAGUCUCUUCUGUUCAUCUCUUGUCAGAGAACCUGAUGACUAAUAUAUAUAUAUAUAUAUAUAUAUAUAUAUAUAUAUAUAUAUAUAUAAAUAGGACCCUUGUAUUUAGUAUAUUCUAUGUGUGAAUGUUAUUUCUAUGCAGAUUCCUAUUUUCAUUAAGAAAUGUGGUAGCUUUAAUUUGUUACAUGAUGCCCGAAAAUCAAAAGGCCUCUUUUGUAGUUUUUGUUUUUGCAGGUAGAUCUGAUAUUGCUUGUUUGUCCUUGAGUUGUAGUGGCUUUAGAUUACAUUUACACAUUUUCCUUUUUUGUGAACAGUUAUGCAACAAAAUAUAUUUCAUGUGACCCCCACCCCCCAGGCCCCACUGAUUUAAUGUGCUGCCGUUUAUGAAACGUAAUCUGCCCCAAUUUACUGAAAGUUACAAUGUUUUGUCUAUAUACACUGGCUACAAACUAACCUUUUUUCAAAUUAAAAUGAAUACUGAAUUCAUGUUUUUAUAAGUAAAAUGAAUACAAUUUACGGAAUGGAAUGUAAUUGAUUCCCAUGAUUUCUCAAUUAAGUCCAAAACAACAGGGAACAUUUGUAUAUUGGGAGGGAUAUGAUAUAUUAUAACUUUUGAACUUAUCAAUAGAAAAUUUACAGCUGCCUUAUAUCCUAGGAAUUUAUUACAACUAAACGAAGACAAAAUACAUGAAUCAACGCAUGCAUCCAGUCUUUUGUUUAUAUUAAGAGUUCUUAAUAUUAAAGGUGACUAAGAAAUUACGGCCACUCCAUACAAUAUACAUUUCCAGAACUUGGAUCAGUAGUUCAAUUAAUAAUUUAUUAAUUAAUUUUUAUUCAUUAAGUUGAAUUCCCCAAAAAUGCCAAGAUGUCUUCUAUUAAAUUCCUUCCACAUAUCACUGCAGUAACUGUGUACUUUUCUUUACUUUGUACUAUAUAUGCCAUUUAUUCUAUGUCCUUAUUCCGAUAUCAGCGAUACAAUUUUUUCUCAUUGAAACUUUUGUAUUUACCAGCGUGUUGUGAAUGUUACAGGAAAUCUGUCCAACAAGUUUUACAGUUGUAUUCAAUUUAACUCAAGAUUUUAACGUACAUGUAUUACCGUGUGAAAUCCACUGUGUGUUUUUUCAUUCAGUUCAACGAAAUCCACGAUGAUUUGCAAACAACAUGAUAUAUUUUUUUGUACUUGUUUGCUGUUAUCAUUGCACUUACUUUUUGUGAUUAUUUCACACAGUAGCCUUAUUGUUACACAUUGUGACUCUACACAUAUCUGACAGGCUAUUACUAGUGUACUUAUUCCUACUUUCACUUUUUGACUGAUUAUUACUUAUUCCUACUUUCACUUUUGACUGAUUAUUACUAAUUCCUACUUACACUUUGUGAUUGAUUUUUACUUAUUCCUACUUCCACUUUUUGACUGAUAAUUGCUAAUUCCUACUUACACUUUGUGACUGAUUAUUACUGAUUCCUACUUUCACUUUGUGACUGAUUAUUACUUAUUCCUUUUUACACUACCGGUAGUUUCUGAAGCAGCUUGGUUCUCCUUUUCUUGUACACGUAUAUUUUUUAUUGUGUUUUAACUUAAUGUCCUGUUACUGUUAUUUUUGAUAUCUUUACUGUGCUUUAUGUUAAUAUUAACAGAUUUAUGUUAAUUUUUGUAUAACACAGUGACUUGUUUUGUUGUGAAAUUGUGUAUUCUAUAUACUAUACUAGAUAGUGCUACUUAAUUCUGUCAAGUAUUUCCAGUCUUUAGCAAGGCAGAACCCCCCCCCCCCCCCUCCCCCUCGCAUCUUUUAAAAGGCAUUUAUUAACUUAUAUAUUUACUUGUUUGAACAAAAUUAUACACAAAUCUUUGUUGAAAUUAUUGUCGGUAUAAAGUUACAUCCUUAAAAAACUGACAUGUGAAGAUUAAAACUUUGAUUUAUCAAUGUGAUGGCUACUUUAUGUAGGUGUAUAUAUUACUGUGUAACAAAAAUAUAUAUAUACCUGGAAAGUGAUGUUAAUCACAGGUAAAUAACCAUAUUAAGUGAUUUUUAUUUAAUUUUCAAAAUUCCAAAGACAAUGGUAUUGAUUGUGUUUUUUUUGUGUUAAAAUAGGAUAUUUUUUUUCUGCCCUCGACCUUCUUACAUUUUCCAUAUAAUUUCAUGUUACUAUGAUGGUACAUGUAUUACGCUUAUUCCAAGUCCUAAAUCGGCAUUCCAAUGUAGUUUUAAAUUGUCUUUUAGAAUGCAUGUCAUUUUUAAUUUCUAAUUUGUCUAAAAGAUAUCUCCUAAUAGCACAAUACUUUAUACAUCAUUUCUUUAUUGAUCAAAAAAUACAAUCAUGUACUUACUGGUAAUUUACCAAGGUAAUCUAUAUUUACAUAGUACGUACAAUCUUUUUUCUCAUAAUUAUGAAAUUUUUGUCAAUAUAAAACUACUUAUGUAAAAUGAAGAAUUGAAAUUUGAUUGGACAUGUUGAAAUUUUAUGUAAAGGUUAUUUUACAUUCAUAAAAACCUUUAGAUGGAAACUUAUAUAUUUACAUAUAGCAAAGUCAUAAUAUAGAUAUGGUGUUCAUAAAUUAAAAGCAAAAAUUUCAUUGAUGUAUGCUUGAUAUUUUUAUUUUUAUAUUCUCAUUAUUCAAGGCUUGGUUCAAAGCAGUAUAUUUUACAGUUUAUAUGGAAGUGUUGUUUAUAAGCACGCUAUAUCAUUGAUUUCUGAAUAUCAAAAUCACAAGGAUUUAAAGCUCAAUAUAAAUUGCAAAGUUUAACUCUUUUGGUACAAAAAAAUGUUUAAAAUAAUAUUGUUAUUUGUGUUAGUACUUUGAAUACUAAUGAUUACUAAUAUGUUCAGACCAUCAUGCUCUAUUUUUGUACUUAUAAUAGUACAUGUAAGAUGAAGCUCAAUUUUGUUCGAUGUUGUGAUAGCUUUUGGAAACUUAGUUCCAGGAAUGUAGAGAGCGUUUUUCAACGAUCUUUAUACAGUAAAACAGUCUUAUAGCAAAGUGCUGGGGACAAACAAUUUUUUUUCGUUAUAAACGUAAUUCGUUAUACCCAAUAUGUUUGUAAUGUGUUUUAAAACUACAGGGAAUAAACAUCACUUCGCUGUAAAUGUGUUUUACUGUAUUCAGAAACUCUGCAAAGGUACUGUAAAACGUUUGUCGUAUGUUGUGAAAAUAAAACAUCCUGGAAUAUUUUAAACAUGAGUGCAUUAUUAUAAUGAUUUAUGUACAUGUUUGAAAAAUCAUGAGGGAUAAGAUAUGACGAAGAUUUGAUCUUUUGAUAUCCCGGAGUUAUUCAUAAUUUUGUUAUUUGCUUCUUCACUUACUAAGAAAAUGUAAACUAAUAAUCUUGACACUCAAAUUGAAUUUGAUAAAGGUCUAGACUCGUCAUCAGCUACUUGUAAAUUGUUUUUCAAACAGGUGUAAAUUAUCUUGAAAAUUCAUACGUUUUUACUGGACUAUAAAGUUUCUUGCAGAAACGCCUCCUUAAUGGUUUGUUGUUUUAUUAUUCUUUAUGUUUGUGAUUUUUGAGGAGUCAAACACAAUAUUUUGGCUUUUUUCUCUACAGUUAGCUUUGAAACUGUAAUUGUUAAAGAACAAUUGUCUCCCUUAUACAGGCUUCUGCAUGUCUCCUGUAAAGAAUAUUGUAGUUGUAAUGUUGGAACAAUUUAAGGUGGAUAUGAUUUAUACAGUCAUAAGAUAGUUUGUAUAUCAACCCUAGCAUCUUUAGUUAUUAAAAUGUAAUCCGAA